AUGUCGAGUUCUCCAGAAAUUCCCCUUCAAGUGGGGUCACUGGAGGCGCCAAGAUGGGUCGGGGGCCCCUGCAGAAGUUCCCCCCGGGAACCCCCAUCGUCUUCUCCCUUCGACACAGCCCGGUGGUCAGCCCAGUGGUCUCUAGCAAAAAGUAAAAGACAGCGCCUGCGGGGCCAGGGAGAAGAACAGGGGCCCCUCUGGGGGCCCCCAGGGGGGUUUGGAGAGGGGCCCUCAGACGAGGCACAAGACAUAAGAGAGCCAAUGACGGAAGAUACGGAAGCAAAACAUGGGCUAGGAGAAGAAGCAUGCCCUGGGGCUGCUGCAGACAGUGAGGCAGAGAAGGAGUCCGGCCAGCAGCAGCAGCAGCAGCAGCAGCAGCAGCAGCAGCCGACACUGCUGAGUACCGCGGUGGCAUUUCAUCCAGGGCAGAAACACCACAGAGGCACUCAACUUCAAUUCACGAGCCUCAGCAGCAGCAGCCGCAGCAACAAUAAUAGCAGCAAAAACAGCAGCAGACGCAGAAUGAGUUACGCCAGCGGCAACAGCGGAACAUGCGAGAGCAGCAGCAACUGCAGUAAUAGUAGCAGCAGCAGCAGCAGCAACUGCAGCAGCACCAGCAGCAGCAUCAGUGUCAGCAGCUCCAACAGCAGCAGGACGACAGGAGGCAACAGGAGCAUCAGCCGCAGCAGCUGCUGCGGCUCACAGGCUAGUCCCUGCAGCAGAAGCAGCUACAGCAGCAGCACCACCAACUGCAAAGCAUCCUAUCCAUUACACAAGAAGAAGAAGCCGCAGCUGCAGCAGCUGGUGCUAGUGCAGCACAGGCAGCAGAAGGCUUUGUACCUGAUCCAGAAAAAGCAUGCCACACUACAGCAACAGCAGCACGAAGAGCACCAGCAGCAGCAGCAGCAGGAGAGAAAUAAGAAUCAGCUGCAGCGACCAAGGCAGCAACAGCAACUAGAGCCGCAGCAACAGCUAGAGCAGCAGCCGCUGCAGCAAACCCGCAGCAGCAACCAAAAUGGGAAAGGAACUGAAGCCCUCAGUCCUCACUCUGCUGUUGUGGGGCCUCUCCCUAAUAGGGGGCCCCCAGAGGGCCCCCCACCUUUGAGUUGCAGUCAGAGCUCUGCUGCUGCCUUCUCAGCUAUUUUUCACUUGGGCAGGUGCAGCAUUAUUCCUAGCACAAGCAGUGUCAGCAGCAGCAGCAGCAGCAACAGCAGCAGCAGCAGCAGCAGCAACAGCAGCAGCAGCAGCAGCAGCAACAGCAGCAGCAGCAGCAGCAACAGCAGCAGCAGCAGCAGCAGCACAGAAGUGCUGAAUGUGGCCUCAUACUCCCUGCGCGUCCCAACACAUGAGUGUAGGGGAGGCGGUCCUGGGGGCCCCCGCAGGGUCACAACUGCCAUUGAGAAUGAGGGGCCCCUUAAUUCUAUGCAAAAGCCUGCGGUGCAGAAGCAGCAGCAACUGCAGCAGCAGCAACAGCAGCAGCAGCAGGCGAAGCGGCACCGAGUGCUGCAGCAGUUGCACGAGCCUCACCAGGAUCAGCAACACGAGCAGCAGCAUCCACACAGUUUUGCAUCUUCACCGCGAGAGGCCUCACCGCGCCAGGAGGGCCCUUGGGGUCCCCUUAGGGGCCCCCCAAGGGGCCCCCAAGGAGGCCCCCUGGAGGCUUCGCCGGAGGGUUCAGCGCCACAUGCGGCUGCAGCAGAAGAAAAAAGCUCUAUGGAAAAAGACAAAGAGGGUUUGAGCCCUCACCCUGCAGCAAAGUCUCCUCCCUUAAAGGCCUUUGACUCUUUUGUUGCUGCAUUGAGGGGCCCCCAAGCAGCAGCUGAGGGGCCUCCAGCUGCUGCGAGUUCCCAGGGGCCCCCCCAAAGGGCCCCGCCGUUAGCAAAUGGGUGGGAACGUUUGCUGGAGCAAGAGGGCCAGAGGGAACCCCCAACUGCGGGGCCUCCGGAGGGUCCCCCCGAGGGGGCCCCCGAGGGGCCCCCUCCAGUUGCCGUUGUGCGCUGUGCCGUUUGCUGCAGGGGCCCCACAUUUGCUGCUGCUGCAGUCUGCUCGGGGGUUCCCGGGGCCCUACAGAUCUAUCAGAGGCCCCUGGCCUCACCUGGAGCAAUGCCCGUAGCUUUUGUUGAAGCAUUUCUAACCCUCAAGCGCCAGAUGAAUGCCAGCCUCUUUUCCGAGGGUUUUGCGGGGGUAACUUGGACUCUAGUCUUACCGACAAAAGUCCCUUAUGCGGAGAGAAAACUGUUACUGGAGGCCAUAGCAGCGGAGGAACAGGGGCCCCUGGGGGCCCCUCAAGACGGGGGCCCUCCAGGUGCUGUUGCUUUGAGGUACUUGCCCAAAAGAGAGUUCACUUCUUCUAGAGGGGCUCACUGGCUGCGAAUCACUAUUCCUGGCCUUCGAUCCAGCAGCAACGGAGAUAGCAGCCACUCUAGAGACGCACCCGAAGUCCGAGAUGGCAUUUACGAGGUUUCGGAGGCCCUGCUGGGGGCAGCCUCCCGCUGUUUCUCAGAAACAUCAGCGUCCUGGCUCAGGGUCUUGUGGAUAGGGUUAAAUAUUCACGGUUCAAGUCCGGCCUUGUUUUGCUGCUGCCCGCCUUCAGACAAACUCGGGGCCCCGAAGUGGCUCGCGGACGAAUGGUGCUCCUUAACAAGAACGACGAUGGGCCGCCGCACGCUCCUCUCUUGGAUUCUCUCGGUCCUGCUGCUGCUGCUGCUGUUUCUGCUGCUGCAGUUGCUGCUGCAGCUGCUGCUGCCGUUGCUAUUGUGCCUGCUCCUGUGGCCACUCGUUCCUUCAGCGUGUUUCUUCUGUGGACCCAGGCGGUGCAUGUUUCGUGACAGGCUGACUCUCUUGCCCACAGCAGAAGAAGACGAAUUAAAGGAGUUGGACACAAAGGAUAUGAAUUACGCGAUUCCUCCCGGUUCAUCCUUCAUUGCAUCGUACUACGCAGGCCUACUGUUGUACAUACACCGCAGCGUGCCUCAAGCAAACAACAAAGUGCCACCCUCGGACGCAUUUCACUUUGCCUUCUUUGAUGACGGCUAUAAGCUGCAAUUGGGGAGCUCGAUGCCCUACUUGCCCUCGCCCGCUUGUCCCACUGUUGCGGGUCGUCGGAGUGGCUAUACUCCUGGCCCACAUUGGUUCAAGGGUCCCGGCGGCUUUCGCUGGCUUUGGACAGAUCCACAGACUUCGCUGGAGCUCCUCCGAGAUGGCUUAGGAGGCACCCUGCUGCUUAUGGAUGACUUUGGCAUCUGGACCAUCAGCUCGGCCCAUCCUGUGCUGGCGCAGCGCCUGGAAACUCUCAACUCUCAAACAGGACUCGUGCUGCUGCAGCACUUGGAGGCAACAACUGCAGGGGUGCCCGCGCAGCCCCCAGGGGCCCCUCCAAGAAUUUGCCGUCUUGUGCCGCUCUUCACCCUCGGUCCCGGUCUCCGAGGAGACCACCACAGUCUCAGUUUCGUGAAUGCAACUGCACUCCCAGAAAGGGUUUGCGCGAGGGCUGCGGCGAUUUUCUCUAGUAUUUCAAUGCAGCGUCACAUUGAUGAAGAAGAUGCGCAGGGCUGUGUGUGGUCAAGGGAUCCUCCCGCUUCUCAAAGUGUACAGCAGGAACGUCUGCUGUCUCUGUUGCAGCUGGCAGCAGCCGCAGACACAGCAGUAGCCCAACCCGAAGCAAACAGUCACCGUGUAUUUAACCAAAUAGCAACGGCCCUAAAAGGACUCGAGGGCCUUGGCAGACUGUCCCUGCACGCGCCGCCCUACACAGAUGAUGAAUGA